AUGGCCAUCACAAACGAAGUUCCACGAACCGUCCAAUGGAACGGGAAGAAUGUCCCAGUCUAUCCUAUGGAGACAAUCAGCUUCGAGCGACUGCUCUCCCAAGAGCCUGCCGAGCUAGAACGAGUAGUCCGCUGCUGCGAGACCGAGGGCUUCUUCUACCUCGACCUGUCAGGCAUUGAUGGUCGGAGAUACCUGGAGGAUCAAGACAAGACUCUCGAUCUCAUGCAUCGCUUCUUUGAAUCGCCUCUGGAGGCCAAGAACCAAUUUGGUCUCAUCUCUCCUCAUCUCGGAUAUGAGCCAGUCGGCUCGCGCACUGGUGUCUUUGCAGACACCAAAGACGGAUACGAAAUGAUCAAGGUUUCUCGAGACGAGAUUCAGAGGUCAAACCCUCACCUGCCAGAUGUGAUGAAAAACCACCCCGACAUCAAAAUUUUGGAAAACGGCAUCGCCGGUUGCAAUGUUGUCACCAAGACCAUCCUUUCGGCCCUCUCCACCGGCCUCGGCCUUUCGGGAGCGGCGCGCUUCGAGAACUCGCACCGCAACGACAGGCCCUCGACCACGACCAUGGCCAUGAUGCACUACAUCCCGUCUGACCCGACCGUCGCGCAAAAGAUUGGCCACCAGAAGCACACCGACAUUAGCUCGCUGACGCUCCUGUACAGCAGCCAGUGGGGCCUCCAGAUCCGACCGCCGCGCGCGCGCGAGUUUGGGUUCGUGGAGCCCAAGCAAGGCUGCGCCAUUGUCAACGUGGGCGACUCGCUGCGCUUCGCGAGCGGGCACAAGAUGCAGUCGUGCAUCCACCGGGUCGUGCCCUUUGACCCGACCGAGCACCGCUACUCUAUUGCCUACUUUUUGCGCGCCGAGGACGACACCAUGUUUACCGACAGCGAGGGCCGGUACAUCACGGCUGGCCAGUGGCACGACGAAAAGUUCUUUGCCUUUACCAACCCGCCCGAGCUGCAGGCUCAGGCGCCGCCUUCCAUGUUGCUUGGUGGUAUGACGGAGGAGGAGGAUGAGGCGGUGCCACAGGUGUUGAACGGAAGUGAGCACAUUGCCAUUCAGGCAUAA